AAUCUGUUUUCAGACCUAAAAUGCCUAAAUCAAAGCGAGAUAAAAAGAUUUCUUUGACCAAGGUAGAGAAGAAGGUUGGAUUAGAAACAAAGCAGAAGCUGGUUGAUAAUGUACGCAACUGCGUAGAUACAUAUGCUAGAAUAUUCGUGUUUAAAACUGAGAAUAUGAGGAAUAACAAACUGAAAGACGUGAGAGAAAAAUGGAGUCACAGUAAAUUCUUCAUAGGCAAAAACAGGGUUGUCGCUAAGGCUCUUGGAAAAACUGAGGAAGAGGAGUACAACGAGAAUUUGCACAAGGUGUCCACCCUGCUCCGGGGAGAGUGCGGUCUACUCUUCACAAACGAGAAGACUGAAGAUGUGCUAGAAUGGUUCGAAGGAUUAGCGCACCCAGAUUACGCAAGAACUGGUGGAGUGUGUAGUGAAACUGUAGUACUACCUGAAGGACCUCUCCCUGAAUUCUCCCACGCUAUUGAACCUCAGCUCCGACUUCUAGGUCUUCCCACAGCUCUCAAGAAGGGAAUUGUAACCUUGAUUCAAGAACACACAGUUUGCAAAAAGGGUGAUAUAUUAACAAGUGAGCAGGCUAGGAUUCUAAAAUUACUGGGGAAAGAGCAGGCAGAGUUCAGAUUACGAAUGUUGGCUGUCUGGGCAAACGAUGGUUCUUUCAAGAUUCUCGCCGAACUCCCUGAAACCGAUGAGAACAGUAUGGAUGAGGAGGGAGAGGAUGAGGACGUAGACGACGAAUAAACAUGAUUUUUCAUCUCA